AGCUGCAAGUUCAAGUGCCGGAGUUGCUAUGCAAUUUGGAGAUGAUCUUUCCGCCAGGCUUCUUUACUCCGAUGGCACAUCUCAUUGUGCACCUCGCAAACGAGGCACUAUUGGGUGGCCCAGUGCAGUUUCGGUGGCAGUUUUGUAUUGAGAGAGAGUUCAAGUAUAUUCGGAAGAUAACUGGAAACAAAGCCAAGAUUGAAGCAUGCAUAGCUGAGGCAACGUGCCUUCGGGAGAUGGCAGAUGCCGCAACAACGUACUAUCCUGAUGAAGUUCCCACUCUGCAUAACCCGGUCUCUCGUUACAAUGUCGACGUGCCCAUGAAUGACCCCAAGCUUCAACUAUUCCAAUGUCCCGGUGGCAAGGCUGGUAAAGGACAAAAAUAUAGAUUGGAGAGGGAAGAGAAGGAUUGCAUAAUGCUCUAUGUGCUUAUGAACAUGAAGGAAGUGGUGGGGGGGGACGACGACGAUGGCGGUCACGAUUUCAUUAGCGAAUUCACGGAUGAACAGUGGUGGCUUCCGCGCGAUCCCACGGGCGCGGAGUUGGAGACUCUACUGAAAGAGGGUGCUCCCGAAGUAAAAAUAAACUUUGUGUCUUGGUUCAUGAAAAAAGUAAUGUCUAAGCUGUCCCUCUUACCUACCAAUAUGUGACUUGUCCCUGUUAUUCCACGUAACUAAUGCACACAACAAAUUUGAACCGUGAUUGUAGGGAGCUGAUGCAAACGUUGAGAUGACAGAUGAGUUGAGAUGUGUUUCCCA